GCGCGAAGUUUUUGCCUGCUUUUUUAUUGCUGGUUUUUAUAAAAGAGGCCUUUAAAAUAUCUAUUCGUACUGGUGGAGUGCUUGUGAAGCUCUGACUGAGUGUGUGUGAAAGUCAGUGUGUGUGAGCUGUCAGCAGCGGCAGCGGCAGCAGCGGCAGCGCUGCUCUCUUGACAGUUCAGCCUGAGCUCAGCGGCUGAGCUGCUGUUCACGCCGUGUCGUCCUGGAAGCUCCAGGCUUUGACACACUGUGACACAGCCUUGUUGUGACUCUAAAAACGUCGGGGCGAUGUACAUUACAUAGAUAUGAGGCACGAAGUGAAAGUUCUGGCCUCACUAAAGAUGAUUGUAUGUCCAUGUGUCAACACGCUGCGCGCUCGAUAAGAGCGGCGGCCGCGCUGUCAGACGCAGCUCGGGCAGCGUGUUAGUCAAGUUCAGGUCGUUCUGCGUAAAUGGAGCUCAAAGACGGAGAAAGAAGUCCCUCAGUUCUAGCGGAAACGUUGUUGUUGUUGUUGUUUUUCCUGUGUUCUUGUUUCUUCUGCGGUAAAAGAGAAUAGACACUAUGCAUUAAGUUUCUCCCUCGUUAACUACACCAACCCGUGUGUUUUACUUAUAAAUGCGCCACAUUUACCAGGUUUAGAAAGCGUCAAUAAACGUCGUAUUUUUGUUCGUAUUAUGUUUUUCAGGAAAUAUUCUUUAUUAUGUUUAAUUUAAAUGUUGGAAACAACAGAUCAAGUCCAGCUGUUAGAAACGUGUGCGCUGUAUUUAAUAGUUUACCCCCCAAAAAGAUUGACUCACGUUGAGUUAUUUUGGGUACUUUUUUAUUUGUUGCUUUUUACUUGGGUUAUUUAUCACCUUUCAGUCUGUGGAUGUCUGCGUCUCCCGACGACUUUUAUUAUCGGACGGUCCGGUUACAGACUUUAGUGCUGGUGCAAGGGCAAACGUUUUUUUAUAUAUAUAAAAAAUGUAUUCAUGUAUUUUGUUGUUGUUGUUUUUGUUUCGUUUGUUUACUCAAAGGGCACGGAGUAAAUGCCUUGUGACAUGUUGGGGGAUAAAAGUGUAAGAAGAAUGCUGUUGCUGCUGCCGCUGCUGUUGCAAAGUAUUUUUCACUGGAAGCAAAUCAGGGAAAAAGUUACUGUGCUACCUUCCCCGCCCAACAGGCUAAUGCAGAACUCGACAAUAUGGCUUGUGCAGCAGACAGCUGCAUACAGUUUACGCGCCAUGCAAGUGAUGUUCUGUUCAACCUGAAUCGGCUGCGAAGCAGAGACAUUCUCACGGACGUCACUAUUCUGGUGAACAGGCAGCAGUUCCGUGCACACAAGACAGUGCUCAUGGCAUGCAGUGGGUUGUUCUACACCAUCUUUACUGACUCCCACAAGUGCAACCUUAAUGCAAUCAGUCUGGAUCCAAAGGUAGACCCCGAGGGCUUUGCCAUCCUUCUGGAGUUUAUGUACACCUCUCGACUUACCCUCAAGGAAAGUCUGAUCAUUUCUAUCAUGAACUCGGCCAUCUACCUGCAGAUGGACCAUGUUGUGGACACCUGCCACAGAUUCAUCAAAUCCAGUGAUCCAGCUGCCAAGCUGCCCAGAGAUGAAUUUUUGGUCAGUCCCUUGGUUUUACCUCAGGAUGUCCAUGGGUAUCGCCCCCAUGAAGUUGUUGACAGUUUGCACAGCCGCAUACCUCCCUUCAGGGAUGGAAGGCCAUACAGCUCAAACAUCUUCAACAGCAUCAGCAACCCCAGCAACUACCCCAUCUACGGACAGUUUCCCAUGCCGGGAUUUACUUUCCCUUUCUGCAAGAUCACUGAUGCUAAAAACCCUUUCGUUGACUUCUCUAAGAACACCAUCCCCCCGAAGCACUGCACUCCACACGACGGUGCCAACCCUAUCAAGGCGGAAUACACCAGGGCAGUUGGCACAAUCUCCUCCAGCAUCAUUCACUCCACCACCUACGCCUCUAGGGAUGUUGGGAGAGACAACGAGUUGAGGAAGGAUAGCCACGAGGGGAUCGGCCAGUCGAUGGGUCUCGGCACGAGAAAGCGCAUGUUUCCAAUGUUUAAUCUGGAGCCCCAGAAAGUUCCAAGGAAUGAGCACACUCCUCAAGGUGAGGAAGACCUGAUCCAUCAGCACUACCCACUGGGAACCUUAUCAGCCGGACGCAAGAGCCUCAUGAGCAGCCCUCAGAGCCCGUUCAAAUCAGACUGCCAGCCUAACUCCCCGACCGAGUCCAGCAGCAGCAAGAAUGCUGGCCUCACCCAAACUGCUGGAGUGCAAUCUCCACAAGGUACGCAGGACCCUAAAGCACGCAACUGGAAGAAAUACAAGUUUAUUGUUCUGAAUCAAAGCGCCAAGGAAGAUGAGGUGGCUCUGAGGGAUACUGAGCUCCACUCCCCGCAACGCCACGGUUUGCAACCCUACCUCCACCCCAGUGACUCGGAAAACCUGGACCCACAAACCACGAGCAAGAGCAGUGAACACACUGAAGAUCUGCCUGUGCCCCAGGCAAGUCGUCUGAAUAAUAUCAUCAACAGUGCACGCGAGGGGUCACGGAGGAGCAACGACAUCCAGCCUCCGCACUACCUGAGCCGCCUCAGUUGCUCAUCCUGUGGCUGCCAGUCCCCACAGCACUCGGACGUCUGUCCCUCCAGGUCCAGGCUGGCAGAAGACAUGGCAGAACUACAUUCAGAAUACUCAGACUCUAGCUGUGAAAAUGGUACUUUCUUUUGUCACGAGUGCGACUCUAAGUUUGCUGACGACGACGCGCUAAAACAACACAUGCUUCAAGUGCACAGCGACAAGCCAUACAAGUGUGACCGCUGCCAGGCAGCUUUCCGUUAUAAGGGCAACCUUGCCAGCCACAAGACUGUCCACACAGGAGAGAAGCCGUACCGAUGUAAUAUUUGUGGUGCUCAGUUUAACAGACCAGCCAACCUCAAAACUCACACUCGCAUCCACUCAGGAGAGAAGCCAUACAAGUGUGAGACGUGUGGAGCUCGUUUUGUACAGGUAGCUCAUCUCCGUGCCCAUGUGUUGAUCCACACGGGUGAGAAGCCAUAUCCGUGUGAGAUUUGCGGAACGCGCUUUCGCCACCUGCAGACGUUGAAGAGCCAUCUGCGUAUACACACAGGAGAAAAGCCCUACCAUUGUGAGAAAUGCAAUCUGCACUUCCGCCACAAGAGCCAGCUGCGGCUGCAUCUACGACAGAAGCACGGCGCCAUCACCAACACAAAGAUCCAGUACCGCUUGUCCACAGCCGACGUGUCCGUCGAUGUGACCAAGUCUUGCUAGGCCAGAAGAAGGGAACAGUUCUAAAGGAAACAUUUCUGACCUUGGCAAUUAUAGACGCUGACCUGUACAAUCAUCAAAAAUGUAGUGCCACACUGUGUUUAUUAGAUGGGAAAAGAAAAAACAAAUUGGCUGUAUUUGCCAUUCUACACGGGUUUUCUCUAUAUGUGAACGUGGAGCCAAUUAUGGCGUCUUAGUCACUUUAUAUAGAUACAAUAUAUAUAUAUAUGAAUAUAUAUUAAUGUAAGUGGGGAAUGUUUCGCAUAAAAAGCUUUAUUUUGACAAAAAAAUUAAGAUGGAAUGUAACCAAUAUGUUUUUUUGAGAAUACAGUAUUUUGUAUCAGAGAACUUACUUUUCUGAAAGUACUGAACAUUUUGAUGAACAGGUGGUACUUAUAUUUUAGGAUAACGCAAUUUGCGGCUGUGCGACGCUGUACAUACGGUACAUUUGAUUUGGAUGUAUAUACAUGUUAAACCAAGUUAAGCUGCCAUGUUUGUACAAAAUGAAGAGAAAAAAAAAGGUCAGGACAACGCUGUGUGCGAAGGGAUUCCAAGACCUUUUCACACCGCUGCUGUCUGUCCUGAUGACAAUAUGCAUGAGUUACAAGUUUUUUGUUGUAUAAAGAACAGGUGCAACUGCAAAAAUAUCGUGACAUAUAUUGUAUAAUUAAAUCUGUGGGUUUACUCUGCGGGCAGAGGCAAUCGUAACUGUUGAAAUUAGUUUUCAAGGUAUUGCUUUGUUACGAC